AUGGCCAAUAAUGAAUUAGAAAUGGUUGACGAGCAAAAAUGGGAGGAAAGAAUCAAUAAAGUCAAGCAGGGUUAUAAAAGAAAUAGGGUUGUAUUAUGGAUUAAGAGUAAAAGUCCUUUCCCAUGGAUCAAUGUAUUUUCAUUUUUAGUUAAUAUUCCAAUGUUAGUUGCACUUAUUAUUUUAACUGGUGUAAGAUGGAGAAAAGAAUGUUCAUUUAUUGGUACUUUUUGUAUAAUUUAUAUAUUUAUUUUUUUAGGUAAUAUUGCAUACUCUUGGUAUUUCCACAAAACUAUGAAAUUAAAGAAACCUAGACAUUUUGUUAAUAUAGUUUCAGAUUGUGGUUUCAGUUCAUUCUUUUUAUACACUGGUGUCUCUGUGGUCAUUUUCAUUAUUUGUGAAUAUUUAAGAAAGGGUACCGAAUACACUGAAUGCUAUAAAAACAAUAGAGAUAUUUACGUAUUAUUAAGAGGUGCUGCUGGUAUGGAUAUAUUCUUUUUAGUUGGUUUCUUUAUCAUCAAUUUCUUAAAUAUCAUAUUAAGUUGUUACAGAUUACCAGACUUGGAUUCAAGAACAAAAGCUAAAAAAGCUAAAAAACAAUUAAAUACCUAUUAA